AUGCAGACGGAGCGGGUCUGGCCCCUGGCGCUGCCUCGCGGGCGGAAGGUCUUUUGCGAGUUGUGCCGAGCGCCGGCCACGGUGCGUUGCGGUGGCUGCUGCGUCACUUUCUACUGUGAAGUAGAGCAUCAAAAUGCUGACUGGGUCAGCGUUCACGAGAAGAUAUGCCAACUCCUCAUUCCAUUGCGUACCACGUCGCCUUUUUAUGAUUCUGAGGAAAAGAGACAGCAUGGGCAAGUACAGAAGAUCAGCAGAGAGAAGUUCCUAGCCGAACUGACUCACAGCGUGGCCCAGAAGUUCCUGUACGAAGGCAAGCACGAAGAUGCCAUCCCGGCAGCGCUGCAUUCUCUGAAGUUCGCCGUCAGCGUGCAUGGUUUGAAUUCUGGCGAACUGGUGCCGGCUUACCUCAUGUUAGCAGAGGCGAGCCUGGGCCUGGGACAUCUCUCCCAAGCAGAGGAGUACCUCUCCCAAGCUCGGUGGAGCGUCCUCAAGACAUCUCAGUGCAGCCCCGCCAUUCAGUCCAAGCUGCAUCGUAACCUGGGGCUCCUCUUUGCGGCCAAAGGGAACUUUGACGAGUCUUUGUACAACCUGGCAAAUGACAUUUUCUUCGCUAGUUGUGCCUUUGGAACAAAUGACGUCGCCGUGUCGGGAGGGUAUUUCCACAUGGCCAAUGUUUUCUUCCGGCAGAACAGAAUGGACAUCGCUGACUCCCUGUACACCGAGGUUACGGAAAUGUGGUUCAAUCACUUCAUCCGGUUUAUCGACCACCAGUUCCAGUCGCUCUUGAGUCCAUCUGAGAUCAAUAUGUUGCCUGAGGAGGAGACCACCGUAGGAGACCUUCUUGAUGAAGGCCAGCAAGCCGAAGCCACACAGAUGCUGAACACCAUCUUGGAUAUCCGAGAGCAAGCAUCCAAGCCGCAGCUGGCUAAAACAGCAAAGGUGGUCUUCACUCUGGCCAUGUUCCAUUACCUGAUCCUUGAUAUGCCAAAGGCUCACGAACUGGCAAAGAAGACUCUGCAAAUCACCAAGACAGUCCCGGUCGAGGAGCUGGAAGACUCUCUUCACCGCUUGGUCAAACUGCUCAAAUCGAAGCCUUUCUACGCAAAAUAG